AUGCCAGACAGAACAUUAGAUAAUCAAACAUCGUCAUCUUCUUUAUUAAAAAAAAUUAUUAACGCACGAUUAAUUCAUAAUCAUAAAAUCAUUGAAAAUGAUGUUUUAUUCAUUCAAAAUGGUUUAAUAAUCGACCCACAAAAUCAUUUUUUCACCAAAGAAUCAUCUCCAGACUUGGUGAUUGAUGCAAAAGGAUUAUUUGUAGUCCCAGGAUUCAUUGACAUACAAAUCAAUGGUGCAUUUGGCGUUGAUUUUUCACAAACAUCUGCUGAUUUUGAUGAACAGAAGAUAAAGGCUGAUUUAACUAAAGUUUCAAAAGGUUUAUUGAGAACUGGAUGUACUAGUUUUAUUCCAACACUCAUUAGUUCUGAAGACCAUGUCUAUAAAAAUAUGUUACCAUUGAUUAGACCUCGAAAAGGAAAUUUAAAGAAUGGAGCAGAGAUUUUGGGAUCUCACGUUGAAGGGCCUUUUAUAACACCAGAAAAAUGUGAAAAUAUUAGAAAUUCUAUUAAACUUAUAACUGUUGCGCCUGAAGUCGAAGGAGUAUUGGAUAAUAUUGAAAGACUUGUUAAAUCUGGUAUUACUGUUAUAAAUUUUUACGGUAAACUAGUAGUUGAAAGAAGCACAAAUAAUGAUAAUUUGCCAUCAGUAUUUGUAUAUAGUACACAAUUCAUGACCAAAUAUUUAAAUAGUGGCUACCAAGGAGUUUCUAAAUGGACGAAAAAGGUCGAUAUCUUUUCAAAAGAUUUAUUAUUUGUACCAAUACAUAACGGAGCACAUUGGUCUUUAUGUCUUGUUGAUUUUCAAGCUUUUAGGAUAGAUUAUAUUGAUUCGAUGUAUGGUGGGGGACAGCAAAAGGCAUGGACGUAA